GCUGAAUAGUUGUUUGUUCAGGAUUUUAUUUAUUGGAGCAUGAAGUGAUUUUUGAAGAUUCCCUUCCUCUAUUCUUUCUUUUUUAAAGUGAGACACUGAAGAAAAUUGGAAGGAAUGACACACUCAGCAGUCAAAGAUGUCAAUGGGCUGGAGAACCCCAGUUUUAUGGUUGAAGAUGGAGACCAGUACAGUGCCUUGUCUGAACCUGAUGCUGAGGGCCUAAAGGAAAAGAAGAAAGACCAGGGCAAGAACUGCAGUACACUAGUGUACUCUGUCACCGACAUUCCACCAUGGUACCUCUGCAUCCUGCUAGGGAUUCAGCACUACCUGACAGCUCUGGGUGGUCUUGUAGCCAUCCCUCUGAUCCUGUCCAAAGAGCUUUGCCUGCAGCACGACCCCCUGACCCAGGGUCACCUGAUCAGCACCAUCUUCUUUGUCUCAGGAAUUUGUACCCUCCUUCAAGUCCUCUUUGGAGUCAGGUUGCCCAUUCUCCAAGGAGGGACCUUUGCAUUCUUGACUCCUUCCCUUGCCAUGCUCUCCCUCCCUAACUGGAGAUGCCCUGCGUGGACGCAGAAUGCCAGCCAGGUGAAUGCUACUUCACCGGAGUUCAUCGAGGUCUGGCAGUCGAGGAUGCGAGAGCUGCAGGGCGCCAUCAUGGUUGCUUCCUGUUUCCAAAUCUUUGUUGGAUUUUCUGGCCUGAUUGGAUUUCUGCUGCGAUUCAUCGGUCCUUUGACCAUCGCCCCAACCAUAACCUUGGUUGCGCUGCCUCUCUUCAACUCUGCAGGAGAUGAGGCUGGCUCACACUGGGGCAUAUCAGCCAUGGCCAUUUUCUUCAUAGUUCUGUUCUCUCAGUACCUGAAAAAUGUGCCUGUGCCACUGCCAUCUUACCAAGGAUCCAAGAAGUGCCACUUCUCUAAGGUCUACCUCUUCCAGAUCUUCCCCGUUCUUCUUGGCCUCGCCAUUACUUGGCUGAUAUGUUUUGCACUCACUGUUACCAAUGUCUUCCCCUCGGAUGCUGCAGUUUAUGGCUAUCUGGCUCGGACUGACAUCAAAGGAGAUGUUCUGUCCCAAGCACCCUGGUUCCGGUUCCCGUACCCAGGCCAAUGGGGAGUUCCAACAAUCAGUUUGGCUGGGAUAUUUGGCAUCAUAGCUGGAGUGAUUUCCUCUAUGGUGGAGUCGGUAGGCGAUUACUAUGCCUGCGCCCGACUGUCUGGUGCCCCGCCCCCUCCGAAGCAUGCUAUCAACCGUGGAAUUGGAGUUGAGGGAAUUGGCUGUCUUCUGGCUGGCGCGUGGGGAACAGGGAAUGGCACCACUUCUUACAGUGAGAAUGUUGGAGCGCUGGGAAUCACCCGGGUAGGAAGUAGAAUGGUGAUCGUUGCUGGUGGCUGCGUGUUGCUUGUGAUAGGCAUGUUUGGGAAGAUCGGCGCUGUGUUUGCCAGCAUACCAACACCCCUGAUUGGAGGACUGCUCCUUGUGAUGUUUGGAAUCAUCACUGCUGUGGGAGUUUCCAAUUUGCAGUAUGUGGACAUGAACUCCUCAAGAAACCUGUUUAUCUUUGGAUUCUCUAUAUAUGCGGGUCUGGCAAUUCCCAGCUGGGUAAACAAAAAUUCUCAAGUGCUAGAAACAGGAAUUCUCCAGCUAGAUCAAGUGAUCCGAGUGCUCCUCACCACUGGCAUGUUUGUGGGUGGAUUCCUGGCAUUUAUCCUUGAUAACACGAUUCCAGGAAGCCAGGAAGAGCGAGGACUCUUAGCAUGGAAAGAGACCUGCCAGGAGGAGUGUGAUGAGACGCGCGUUUUGGAAGUCUACAGUCUUCCAUUUGGGAUAGGCACCAAGUUCUGCACCUCCUCUUGGGUUCAGUACCUCCCAACUUGCCCCCAAAGGCUAUCUGGAUUCAAGAGAAAGGAAGGACCAAAGAGCCUCAAACAGGAAAACAGUUUCAAAGUAAGCUCAGAAAGAGAACCAGAGAUAGACAUUGAUACAAGGAUAUAAGCCCAUGGUUAGGAGGUGGACUCAUUUGCAAAGCACGUGCCAUGAAAACCAUGUUUACAGACAACCUACUAGAGGUUGGAACAGGAGAAUAGAUGAUAAAACUGUUGUUUUCUAUUCCCCGCUCUGCCACUGACUCCUUGUGUGACCUUGAGUAAGUACCUCACCUUUUUCUGCCUCCCUUUAUCAAGAUGUAGCAAGAAUAUACUGACUGGGGAACAACCUGGCCAGAGGCCAUCAGCACUUAUGAAGGAGCUUGUUCCCCCACACACACUUUCUCUUUGUGAGCCAUGACAGUCCUGAUCAGGUUCUGAAUAGCAUAUGCACAGCAGUGUUUCCCUCUCCCAUUGAUCAGCUGUUCGGGAGCUGUGACAACUACCCUUCCACCCCAGCUGAUCACUGGGAGUGACAGAAAAGUGCAUGUGCUACUUGGCCCCUAACCAGAACUGUCAGGUGUUACAUGGGCUCCUUUCAGUAUUACCAUAAGGAAGGGGAACUCUGUCGUAUGAUGUCUCUAUAUGGGGAAGAGACAGGAGAAGAAGGGAAUUGGGAAAGAAAAUUCCAAUAUAAAAUGAAGGAAGGGACAGAGGAAGAACAAAAAGGCAGUUAGCUCCAUUUGUGUGUGUGAUUUAGAGCAGCGUUUCUCACCAACAAGUCCAUGGACAGGCACUGCUCCCUGAGAUCUCCCUGACACAGUUUAGGAGGCAGCAAGUUGGUCCCUGGUACCAAAAAGGUUCCGAAACACUGCUCUAGAGAAAGGUGGCCUUGUGACUGACCUGGCUGAAGAAGAGACUUUUCAGUUUCCAAGCAGUUUUGAAAAAUUGGGGCAGGGGGAGGGAAUUGUUUUGGUCAAACCAAAAAUGACAUUUUUCAAAAUUGUGGGGUGAACUGAAAGGUCAAGCAGAUGAGCGGAAUGUGUCGGUGAUACAGAAAUUAUUCAGUUUGUCUUUCAAGCGUUUUGACAAAAGCAAAGGAGUCAUAAAAUGUUUUUUGGUUUGCAACCUACAGAUGAUUGUACAUUUCCUCUUGGUUUCCUUGUUGGUAUUAUCAUCCAAGUAGUUGCAUCUGCUCUCUGGUUAGAGGAGAAAUUCUGGUGCUUUUAGGAGUCUAGUCUUGGGCCCCAAUCCUGCAAAGACUUACGCAUGCGCUUGGGUUUCUGGGUUCCAUGAAAGCAACCCCCUACCCUCGAAAAGGCUUAGGGGAAUCUAGGGAGACCGUGGAAUUGGUGAUCUUUGAAAGGAGUGUGGGCAGACGGAGACAAUAGUGAAUGCAGGGCCUAAUAGCAUCAUAUAAAGAUCAAACUGUGAAUGGAAAAGAUUUCUUUACAAGUCUUGAUGAAAGUCCCAUGGUUCAGAUCACAUAAACAUCGUCAUUCAUUAUUUAAGUGCUGUGUGCUCAGCUCUGCACAAACAUAAAAUAAAGGCAGACCCUGCCCUGAAGAUCUUACAGUCAAAGACCCUGAUCCUGCAAAACCAUAUGCAACUGUCUAACUUUGUGAGUAGUCCCAUUGAAAAAUGGUACUUCUCACAGUGUGUAAAGUUAAGCACGUGCGAAAGUCUUUUCAGGACUGGGACCCAAGACUAGACUAGGAGCAGAGAAGGCAGGCCAUACUUACAGAGUGGGGAACUGUAUCCUGGGAACCAGUGACUCUGGAAAAGACCUGGGGUUCCUGGAAGAGAAUCAGCUGAACAUGAGCUCCCAGCAUAAGACUGUGGCCAAAAGGGUUAAUGUCACUGGAUGUAGAAACAAGCGAAUCUCUAGUAGGAAGGUGGGAGGUUAUAUAUGUGGCACUGGUGCCACCACUGCUGGAAUAUUGUGUCCAGUUCUGGUGUCCACAGUUAAAAGAAGGAUGUUGAUAAAUUGGAGAAGGGUUGCAGAAGAGCCACAAGAAUGACUGAAGGAUUCAAAAACAUGUUUUUUAUAUUGAAAGACUUAAGGAGUUCAAUCUAUUUAGCCUAUGAAAGAGAAGGUUAAGGGAUGUCUUGAUUAAUCUAUAGAUGCUUCCAUGGGGAACAAAAAUGGUAAUAGUGGGCUCUUCUAUCUAGCAGACAGAUAUAAUAUGAACCAAUGGCUAGAAGUUGAAGCUAGACAAAUUCAGACUAGAUAUAAGGCACAAAUUUUAAGCAAUGAUGGUAAUUAAUCUUUGGAACAAGGUUUGUGGUAGAUUCUGCAUCACUGGAAACUUUAAAAUCAAGAUUGGGUGGUUUUUUUCCUUUAAAAAACUGCCCUUGAUUUUGACACAUGAAUUAAUACAAUGAUAUCCUAUGGCCUGUCUUAAAGAGGAGGUCAAAGGAGUCAAUCACAGUGGUCCUCUCUGGCCUUAAAAUCUAUGAAUCUCACAAAGCCUUUGCUCAGGAUGGAGUAGCAGAGGUGCUGCAGAUCAAAACUGAGGUGCAUUGGCAAAGCUGUUUGGGGAACCCAAGACUAGAACAGAAGGGCGUACUACAGAUCAUGAAGGUGGGAGACCAGGACUGAUAUAUUAGAUAAACUAUCUAUUAUCAUCUUGGAAGCUUCAGUGUGAGAUGUUUUCCUACAGGGCUGCCAUUGUUUAAAUUGGGAUUUACCGUAUAGAACCAUAUAGAAUGGAAAUAGAACACGAGGAAUGUACUGUAAGGAUUCAGUGUUUAUAUAGGCGCCUUGUAAUUUUGGAGACUGCAGAUAUGAGAGUUUGUUUUCCUAACAAUUCAUUGAGCUGUAAGUCUAGAGUUCGAAGAGUGUGUUUUAGGAAGGCAUAUUAUUGUGCAGUGUAGGCAUGAAGUGGGCAACAUUAAUUUAAAUGAGCUUAUAUAUAGCAUGAUGUGAAAGAAAAAUCUGGUACAGAUUUGAUUUAGAUCCGACAGAAAGAAAAUAUGAUAAAAGAGGUUCAUGAGAGAGUCACUCUUCAUUGUAUGAACACUGCUGUCAUCAUUGUGUAUCACUUAGCACAACUGUCUCACUGUUGAUCUUCCUCAUUCUGUCUGAUGUAUCCACCUGUUGUUUUUUUUGUUAUGUUUGUAUGUCACCUAGCAUGAUGGGGCCCAGAGCCCUGAUUGGGCCUUUAAAGAACUACUGCACUACAAAUAAUAAAUGUAACCUAGAUCUUAUUAAAAAGAAUUCAAGGAGAGGCAGAAAACUCUUGGUAUGGAAUGCUAGAGGGUUUCAGAAUUUCAUCUGAUCCUAUUAGCAUUUAGUGUGGUGUUAUCUGAAAAUCUCCUCUCUUGCUUCAGAGUAAAACUUCUGGAGAUUUCUUUAUUUUUAAUCAGGCAAUUUUUCAUUUUCAGUCUUUGAUGUUCUAUUUGUUGGAGCUAGAUUUGGGAGGAUUAGAUUUUUACUGGUAAAUGUCAAUUUCACCAUACACAGAAAAGCCAACAACAAUUUUUUUUCUAUUGAUAACUGAAAUGUAUAGAUAGGCAAAGUAAGAAAAAUACUGCUUGAGAACUUUAGAGUUUGAUUUAAGGAUAUUUACUUUGUAUUUUUGGUGUGAUGUUGAAAACUUGUGUUUUAAAGGUUUAUAAAGCUUUAACUUUUUGAAUCUCAAGCUCUAUUGUCAUUAAAUAAUUGUCUACCAUGCCACAUAAUUUCCA